AUUUUACUAGAGAUUAAAAAAAAAACGUCAUCGCUAGGUCUAAAGCUAGAGAUCUAGGAUUAUAUAGACUAGAUCUAGAUCUAGAUAGUCUAGAAUGUAUCUAGACUAGUAGAGUCAACAUUUCCAUCUAUUUUACAUGCAGAUCUAGAACAAAAAAAAGUAUUCAUAGACUAUACUAAUAGAUCUGCCUAGUCCAUUUGAUAAACUUCCAAGAUGAAAAAUCUCUUAGAAAAUUGCGAAAGACAUUUUCAUACAGAUAAUUUGUAUGAGGUUCUUGGAGUGAAAAUAGAUGCAUCAAAACAAGAAAUAAAGAAAGGCUACCACAAGAAGUCCCUCAUAUUUCAUCCAGACAGGGACACGCAAGACAAGGCUGAAGCAACAAUAAAAUUUCAGAUUUUAGGUCAAGUGUAUAACAUUCUCUCUGAUGAUGCAAGGCGAGCGGAAUAUGAUGAAACAGGUGCAGUUGAUGAAGCCAGCGUUGAGCAAGACAGGAAUUGGGAACAAUACUGGAGACUGCUGUUUCCAAAGAUAACACUCAAAGACAUUGAAGAAUUUGCUGUAAAAUACAGAGGUUCAGAUGAAGAGACAGAAGACUUAAAGGCCAUCUACUUGUCCAGCCAAGGAGAUAUGGACACUAUUAUGAGUAACAUGAUGUAUAGUACCUUUGAGGAUGAGGACAGAUACUCCACUCUACUCAAGAAGCUAAUCAAGGGAGGUCAACUGCCAGACUAUAAAGCAUUCUCUAAAGAAAGCAAAAAGAAAAAGGAGAAGAGAAGUAAAAAGGCGCAGCAUGAGGCAGAAGAAGCUGAAAAAGAAGCUAAGAAGUUGAAGCUUGAUGGAUCUGAAGACUCUCUUAUUGCAGCUAUAAGAAGUAAGUCGAGGCUGCAGCAGUCGGAGAGCUUUUUAUCCCAGCUGGAAGCUAAAUAUAGCAAGGCUACCUCUGAUAAGCCUGGGAGCAAAUCAACAGCAAAGUCUGGAAACAAGUCAAUGAAAGGUGCUAAAAGAAAGAAGAAAAUUUGAUCAGAUCUUUCCUAACAUUACUAAGUGACCCAAGCCUCGAUGUGUUUGUACAACUUGUAAAUAACUGAAGACUAUACAGGCUGGAUGCCAUUUAUUUAUUUCUUAUACUCUUUUUUGUAUCCACAUCAUCUUUGACCAUGUCAAAUGUUUGAAAUAAACAUUGUCAACAUCA